UUCAAGUGUUUAGGACUAGAUUGGAAACUAAAAAUAGGCAAAUGGAAGAAAAUCCAAAAACUACUGUAAAAACUGACAUGCUAAUGAAAAUUGAAUUAGUAAACUUGUGGCAAACCACGAAAACGCUUCGAUCCAUGAUCCAAAGCUGUCAAAAUAUGGUUCAUUCGGAAGCAGCAAAGAUUGAAAAAGAAUGCUUGGAUAAGAUUAAGGAUUUAGAAGAUAAAAGAGUCAAAGCUGAUCUCAAAACUAUCCAGGUGACCGAGGAAAUGAACCUGUUAGAAACAUACAAUAAAAAGCUACUUGGAGAAAAAUCUGCUCUGAAGUUACAGUGUCAACAACAGGAACAGGACAGCAGAGAUUUGGCAAACCAGCUCAUUGAAGCAGAAACUAAAUUAGAAGCAUUUAAAGAAAGAAAUGUAGAACUGGAAAACCAACUAAAAACUACCGUUUUGGAAAAUUUAAAUCUACGGCAUCGCGUCUCAGAACUUGAGGGUCAUUUUGAGGCCCUGGUAUGUGAGAAAGAGCAGCAUAGAAAUAGUAUUCUUGCAAUGAAGGAAGAAAAAUGCGACUUAGAAAUUGCUAUAGCUGAGAAUGAUGUUUAUGGACAAGCACUGCAAGAGCAUGUGGAUGAAUUGGAAGAAAUUUGUACAACAUUACGCGAUCAAAGAGAAGAACAAAGCAAUUAUUUCAUACAACGAGAAGUUGCAUUCAAAUCUAGUUAUGAGAGGCGAUUGGAUGAAGAAAUGAACGAAAAGUUAAACUUGAAUCAAACGAUAUCUUCCCUGCAGCAACAAGUUGAAAAAUUAAGUGUUGAAGUAAGCCUUAUGGAGGAAAAUAAAUGUUCUUGGUGCGAUGAAAAGAAACUACUCAUACAACAGAAAAAUGAAUUUGAAGCAAAAUGCAAAUCUAUUGAGGAAGAUUUAAAACUUGAAAAAGAUACAGUUUCAAUGCUUUCUUCCAAGAACUCGGAGCUUGCCCUUGCUCUCACAGAUUCCAAACAUGAAUUGGGAAGAUUAGCGGGAGAUACUCUGAACAAAUCAUUGACCGAAAAUACAUUCAAUGAAAUUGAAGAUCUUGUUACAGCUUGUUAUAAAAAGAAAAAAAGGUUGUUAACAGAGAUGGCAAUGGAAAGUGAAAGUGAAAUGGCAAAACGGCUGCUUGAAUGUGAAAGAAAUCUUUCCGAAGAGAAAAGUAAACGAAAAGAAUGCGAAGAAAAAUUGCAAGAAACAGAAGCUCAACUUGAUGCUGCUAAUAGAAACGUCAAAGCAAUGAUUACAAUGAGAACAACACAUAUGAAAAAUAUAGCUCGAUCCAAGAUUGUCAAAGCUCAAAAAGACGCAUUAAACACAUCACUGGAUUUAAAUUCUUUUAUAAACAUUGAAAACAAAGAAAAUCCAGUUUUAACAACUUCUCAAACCAUUGAUCAGUUAACCCCGGGGAUGAUGGAAACAACCAACAGCGGUUCCUGGCGAACUGGAAUAUUAACAGGUUCACAAUUCGAAAAACUCAACCAGGUCAAUAACAAAGCAUUGGAAAAGCUGAAACGAAUGUCGCUUUGUUAAUGAACUGGUACCUAAGUUUUUUGUGCAAUUUGAAAAAAGUAUUAUACACAGUCAUAUUAAAGUAUUUAUUUAUUUGUUGUAAA